AUGGUCGUCCGUAUUCGUCUGGCCCGCUUCGGGAACAAGCACCAGCCCUUUUACAAUAUCGUUGUUGCGCAAGCUCGUUCGGCUCGCGACUCCAAGCCCAUCGAGGUCAUUGGCACCUUCAACCCUAUUCCGCAACGCCCCACGGGUCUCUCCGACGAGCAGGCUAUCACGGCAAGAUCCUACAAGGAUAUCGCGCUCGACCGGUCCCGAGCCAAAUACUGGUUGGGUGUAGGUGCGCAGCCCAGCGACGGUGUCUGGCGAUUACUGCACAUGGCCGGCCUAAUUGAAGCGAAGAAGGUCCCCAACAAAAUGAAAUGA